UGAGACACGCAAGUCCGUCAAGAAAUUGACGGGCUCAGCGAAGGGCCGCUAUAAAGCUCUUAGAGGACUAGGAGUUGCGCAUGAGGAGGCGCUACAACUGUCCGCAAAGGGUUUCGCGGAGCUUAAAAAAAUGGGGUACAAGUUCGGGUCCACACAUUCCAGGCCCGAGCCAAAAUCGGCCAAACGGCCGCGCUCGGAGGAAAAAUCACCACAGGGUAACAUGUGCAAGAACCCAAGGGUGACUGUGACUCCCCCAACCCAACCCCAACCCUCACAACCCUACAACGAGGUCCUCAGCCAAGUCCGAGUCGGAAUCAAGGACUCCAAGCCGAUGAGUGUCGCGCAACUGGAGUCCCUCUGCAAUACCAUCUUGCAAAAGAUUGCGACCCUGGAGAUGGACGAGGGACCAAAGUUCAAGGGUUACUCAUACAAGCCAGGCUGGUUACUCAUCACCUGUAGUGACCAAAGGUCAAAAGCCUGGCUUGAACUAAUAACACCAUCCCUAAAACCAUGGCCGGAAGCCAAUCUCGGGGUUAUCCCUGAAAAUGAGCUUCCCAAGCCUAAUAUAGGGAUGGUGUUCAUCCCAGAGAUAGACGACUCCAAGGUAAAGCAGUCGCUAUCUCUGCUCUAUGCACAGAACCAGGGGCUGUACACAGAGCACUGGAAGAUUCUCCACACCAAAGUCGAGAAGAGUGGGGCUAUGGUAACCCUAUCUCUGGACGACAUGUCGGUGGAGAAUCUACAAAAAAAGGGCCUAAAGGCAAACUUAGGUUUCCGGGAGGUCCAGUUUCGGCUAAAGGGCCAACCAAAAACCCAACAGACCGAAACUCAACCUUCCCUAGACCCACCACCGCAGGAUGCAAACCCUAACCCACCCAACACCUUAUCCCAAACGCCUGCCCGAAAGGUGCCUUCAGGUCCAAAACGGGCGGCUCCUUCGACACCCAAUCCCAAACCAGGAUCAUCGGGCGCGCAGCGGUUUCUCGCCAACCGGGGAGGCCAUAGGGGCAACAACCGCCCAAGGGGUAAAGGGGACAGAGGAGGCUACCAAGGGCGCACCAGUGCCCACCGCGGUGGCAAAUAAACACGACGCAUUCGGGGGUAGGGGGGUGAUGUUCCUUCAGGCCAAUCUCCACCACGCCAUAGCGGCCACAGCGGUCGUUGAAAAGCUUUUUGGCGAAAAUGGCCUGGACAUCGCUCUCAUUCAAGAACCAUGGAUCAACACCAAGUCCAUGGCACCAGGACUGAACAGGGCAGGAAAGAACUAUGCAGUGAAGACCAAGUAGCUGCCUACGUCGAUCUCAAAGGGAGAGGAGCACGCAAGGUAAUAGUCUGCUCCGCCUACCUGCCCGGAGAGAAGCAAGAUCCCACAGAAGAACUGACUAAAGUGCUAGAGUACGCUCAGGCACAAAAGGCGGAACUUAUUGUGGGAUGUGACGCCAACGCCCACCACACCAUCUGGGGGAGCACUGGAAUCAACAAAAGGGGUGAGUUACUAUCCCAAUUUAUCUUUACUAAUUGCCUGCACUUGUUGAAUAAGGGCAAUACGCCCACCUUCGUAACUAGAGCUAGGCAAGAAGUAUUAGAUAUAACCUUCGCUACUGAAAAGGCGGCGAGCUGCCUAGCCGACUGGCGUGUCAGCAGCGAAAAUUCAAUGUCGGACCAUAGACAUAUUUUGUUCAGGGUAAAAGGCUCUCUAGAUAGGGAACCACUUACGCGUAGAAAUCCAAAAGAAACGUCUUGGGAAGCCUACAAGGCCGACCUCGAAUACCGUCUAAAGGAUGUCCCAAAAUAUGUCAAAACCCCAGAUUCUCUCAACUUGGCAGUUAAUUUAAUAUCUGAAGGCAUACGUAGGGCCUACGAACAAAGCUGCCCACUGAAAGAGUCAAAAACUACUAACACAACGACGUGGUGGAACAAAAGGCUAGAAAAUCUCCGUAGGUCCACACGUCGCAUAUUCAAUCACUCGACCA